AUGCUUGCUAAUGGAGCCAAUGCACAGAACAAUGCCAUAACUCAAUCUUCUGGAAAGGCUGCUGUGUCAAUGGCUGCAACUAAUCUUAAUAUUGGAAUGGACUUGUGGAAUGCAUCUUCUGCAAAGGCUGAUGCUACGAAACUGAGAAACAAUCAACCUGCCCCAGGAGCUGUCAACCCUCCUACUAUAAUGGGACGUGAAGACGAACGUGACCUGAAGAGACAGAAAAGAAAACAGUCUAACAGAGAAUCAGCUAGGAGGUCAAGACUACGCAAGCAGGCUGAGUGCGAGGAGUUGCAAAGAAAGGUGGAGUCACUGGGAAACGAGAGCCAGACUCUGAGAGAAGAACUUCAGAUAAUUAUGUCCUCUAACAAUACUUUUGCUGUCAACAGUCAACAGAAAGAGUUGGAAAGGUUAUGUGGACCAGAAGCAGUUGCCAGCCUCGAAUAA